UGCCUGACAUUCCAAAGAAAUUGUUACGAAACAAAGGUCCUCUACAUCGAGGGACCCACAGAACCCGAUCCAUCAAAGGAAUUGUAAUGGGCAUCACGCAUCGGAAGAAGAGGGUAGAUGACUCGAGGCUGAUCGAAAGGACUAUGUAUGAGCUUAGCCAUACCGUAUGCAACAACUCCUCCCUGCAUUCCAAAACUAUUAUUUUGCGAUCCCUCGGCGUACUCGGUCAGCAAGAUCACCAAAACGAGAUUAUUAGCACAACAAAUAGAAAAUGAAGACGAACUAAUAGCAAACUUCCAGUUCAGCUAAUAGAAUGACUCCAACCUCCAUUGGCACCCCACGCCUCCUAGUGAGAUGCUGUGAAGCGCAAGAGAGUCAAGUAUAUGGCAGGAUCAACGACCUUCGAGGAUCCCCUGGGGAAUGGUACCGAGAAUGGGGGCAGUGGGCCAACCUUGGAGCUCUACAACUAUUCAUCAUUUUGCCCGGCCACACCAGCUACGAUGCACCAAAUGUCCCUCAAGGCACAGUUAUCGGGUUCAUCAAAAUCGAACGAACCAGGAAUGAAGUGUCGUUCAGAAUACACCCAGAAUUUCGGCAAAGGGGGUAUAUGAAAGAGGCCCUUGAAUACACGUUUGAAAGAUACUUCAGAUCCUCGCGAUCCGAGGAACUUUUUGUGCAGACGAGCAGGGACAAUCAGGCGGUCCUUCGCUUGAUGAAUGGUUUUGGCUUGGUGGGUCAGGAUGGAACUGAGUGUCCUGGAGGCAGCGUGUUUUGGAUAUUUGGAUGGGCGACCUGGAGAUACAGAAAUGCUGGGUGAUCUGUUGGCCAAAAAAAUCAUGGUGUACGCAUUUGUCAAGUACUGAGACUCAUGUCGUGUACGCGCAAAGUCUCCGUUCGAAAUCUUGCAAAGGCAUCUGGUAGUUUUUCCAUCUAAGUUAGCCAACAGGCUUCUCAACGUAAGACAAAAGGUUAUC